UGUUUUGGAAAGCUCCGGGAAGCCGAUGGAUGUGUUCACGGAGGAGCAGUACCUGAUCUCCAGGGCCAAGAGUGGCCUUCUCAAGGAUCCCUACGAGGCCAAGGCGUGGAUUAUCACGGCAAAGACUCUCUAUCCAAAUGACUUCGGCAUCCAGUUUGAAGCAUACAAGCUGGAGAAGUCGGAGAACAACUACGAGGAAGCUGCCAAGUGCUUCAGCUACAUCGUCAUCACGUUCCAGAAUCAGUCGGCUGACCUGUGGAAUGAGCUGUCCGUGGAGAUAUCCAAUCUUACGGCCGCCCUGAGGCGAGUGCCCGAGGGCGGUUCCGGAGAGCAAGACUUCUACUUCAAGAUGUUUCAGCACAUCUCGUCAGAAGUGCAGCACAAGAUUCUCCUGCUCACGGCGAAUCACUCUGAGAGCAACUUGGAUCACUGCCGCAUGAUCUUGCUGCUGCUCAAGAGAUUCCCUCAGGCAAUUUCCACGCACAUUCCUCGCUUGUUGGAAACACUGGUUCAGGGAGUGGCAACGAAUCCCCAGUAUCGCUCCAUGCUGAUCAACGAGACCCUCCCGCUGGUCCUCAAUCGCCCCGUGGAGCUCUCGAGUGAUCUGGUGCACAGGAUUCUCAACAUCUGCCUCGAGCAUUAUGUGCAGCAGCUGCUGAAGGAAGAGGACGACAAGGACAAGACCGAGUGCUGGCGGAAGAUCUUCGAAAUUGUGGAGACGCUGGGCAGUGUGCUGAAAUGGGAGGCCUUCCUGCCAUACAAUCGCUCGUGGAGCAAGGAAGUCUACUGGCAGAAACUCAUCAAGAUUGUCUCUUCGGCCCCUCCAAAGCCGUCUGAGAACAAGCAAAUCCUCUUCUGGGGCUCGGUUUUGUUCAUCUUCUCACUGCAAGAGUACAUUGACAACAUAAGCCACAAGAUUCAUGACGCCGAGGUCAGCUAUAUUCUUGUGGAGGGAUUCCGAGAGGGUCCAGGACCCAAGAGACGCUCAUCCGACGGAUUGCCACCCAAUGAACCGGUGAAGAUCGCUGUGAAUCCGCCGUGCAACCAGGAAACGCCCAAUUGUCUGAUCACAGCUGCCCAUUGUUGGCAAUUGCUGCACUCCAAUGAGAUUCUGCAGAUGGAUUUCGGGCAAUUGCUGAUGAAUUUGCCCAUCACUGAGUGGGUGAAUCGCUUCCUCCUCGAUUUGGCCGUCUAUCUGGGCAGGAAUGAUGACAUUCACGCCAAUUUGCAAGCCCAGAAAGACACCCUUGACAAGCAAGUGAGACUCCUGAGUCUGUCUCUGAGUCAGGGAAACAUCAAUGGAACGGCAUUCAAUCAAAUUGUCGCCAUACUGACGGAUUUGCCUGCGAAUCCUGGGCCUGAUUACCUGAAGAAUCUCUGUGGUGUGUCUCCAGGUCGUCACUUGGUGCUCCUGCCGCUCACCAGGAAGGCCAUCACGCAGUACUGCACAAAAGUCUUGGUCAGCGUCCUCAAGCAGAAGGUCUUGAUGGAUUCCUCCUGCAGCAGUGCCAUUCUGGGCAAUCUCCUGGUCUUGCUUCAGCUGGACUGGCCCCUUGAGACGUCCUUCGCGGAGACAAUCUUCGAUAUCAUCCGCUCGCGCAGGAACUUCACCUAUCCGCUCUUCUCCAGCUACAUUAUCAACGUGGACAUGAUCGAGGAGUUCAUGUUCAUGUGGAAUCCGCAAGGGGAGGAGAUCCGUCUGGAGCUCAGUGUGCCGCAGGCGCCGAAGCCGCACAGGAUCGGCACGAGAGGCAGCGACAAGGGAGUGAAGGAGGACUUCAAGGGCAUCAUAAAGCAGCAGAUUGCGCGCAGUGGCGAGGAGAUAGACGUCCUCGUGGCGCAGUUCAUCGUGCAGGAGGGCAUGCAACUCGUGCAGAGUAUUUUUGAUAAGUAAAA